CGAUGCCACCCGAAGACCACCAGAAUGCAACUCCUGCCAAAAGAGCCAUCAAAAAGAUCAGAACAGCUAGCCUAGUCAUCAGCUUGGCGCGGGGUUGGCAGCAGUGGGCAACUGAUCAUCAUACAAAACAAGCCGAGGAACCCAGCGGAUGGGUGCCUAACGAGGAGAAGCCGCUAAGCAUUCCAUCCAAAGAGAGAAUAUCCCCCAAACAGCCUGCAUUCAUCAAGAAAGACCAAGCAAAGGAUGAAGUGAAGUUUCCAUCAGAUUCUGAGGGAUCAAAAGAAAAUGAAGGACAGAGUCCAAGUGGAUCUGAAGAAGCCCUCCAGAAACUGCACAUUAGAAGCAAACAAGUGACCAAAACAGUUGAAAGCAAAAUCUAUGAAAGAGGCAAUGGUGUUAAUUUUCUCAGCAACAGAUAUGAAAAAGAUAAUGAGUGUUCAGAGACAGACAAGUGUGCCGAAGACCUCAGAAACAUUGACAAACUUCUUAGUGGCAAAAUAUCUCCUACAAGAAGGAGAAAAUGCUCUAACCUGGUAUCAGAGCUGACUAAAGGAUGGAAACAGAUAGAACAUGAGGACAAAGCCUCAGAAAAGGACCUAUGUCAUUGUCGCAGUGACAGCUUGGAUACUGAGGACAGCGGCUUUGGGGGAGACUCUGAGGACAGGCUUGAUCUAGAAGACAGUAGCCAAGAAAGUGCGAGUGUCAUAAGGAUAAAACGUCCCACAUCAUCACUCGCAAGCAGAAACAGCAAAGUCCCAAAGAAAUACAGCCCUGUUCACAAUUUGAGGGGCAGAUGGGAAGAAUGGGCUGACGAACAUGUUUUAACACAAAAGCUCAACCCUUUUAGCGAAGAAUUCGACUAUGAGCUUGCCAUGACUACCCGCCUACACAAAGGAGAUGACGGCUACGGUCAUCCCAAAGAGGGGACAAAAACUGCAGAAAGGGCCAUGAGAGCAGAGGCCCACAUCUACCGAGAAAUGAAGGACAUGUGCUUUAUCAUCCGGACAAUGGCCUCUUUCCGUCGCGAUGGCAAGAUGCAUGUCACUUUUGGAGAGUUAUUUGACAGAUACGUCCGCAUUUCAGAUAAAGUUGUUGGAAUACUCAUGAGGGCCAGGAAACAUGGGAUGGUGAGCUUCGAAGGAGAAAUGUUGUGGCAAGGCCGAGAUGAUAACGUGAUAAUAACUUUGUUAGAAUAACAUUCAGUCCUGGGAUUGUCCCAAGUGUAUUGAUUCUCAGCAGUCUGUCACUACAGAAUCUGAAAGUUGAUGUUCAGUUUGCUGGAA